AUGAUGUCGAAUUUUUUAUUCCAAAUUGCAUUGGAAGUUUUAUUUAUUUUUAGUCAGACAUUCUAUUAAAGAACAUUAUAAAUUACUUUCAUAUUGAUAAAUGUUAUACUAUUUUAAAUAGAAUCUAUUAAAUAUGGCUUUGAUAACGUAGAUUCUAAUUAUUUGUUUACAACGAUUUUAUUGUUACUGGAGAUCUAAUAAAAUUAGAAAACUAGAAAAGCUAUUUGGUAGGCUAUUUAAAAAAUCUUACUUUUAAUAUUAUUUUUAAGCUUCUCCUACUUCAAAGAUGAUCAAUAAGAUUAAAAAUUUAUUUUAAAUUUUUUUAGGAUAUUCAAUUAAAAAUUAAAUAUAGCAUUAUUUAUAUUUUUAUUGUAUGGAAGGAAAGAAUAUAAAAUUUAAGAGUAAAACCUUAAUUUUUUGGGCAUAAUUGAUGAUAAAAUUAUUUAAAAAAAAUAAACAAGCGAGAAAAAGAAUGGGUUCAAAAAAAUCGAUACUAAAAGAUCAUCAUUUUAGGAUUUAAGCGAGAUUGUUACAGAAAGAAAGUUAACAUUCUAAAAAUAUUAAUUUUAAUCAUCAAUAGAUUAAAAUUUAUUAUUGGAUGUUUUAUCUGAAGCAGUAGUUAUUAUAAAAUUCGAAAAAUCUGAAGAUCCACAAAUUUAUAAACCUAAAAUUGAUUAUUAAAAUUUAUUAAGUAAAACUAUGUUUUAAAGAACUAAUUAAGAACUGCUAUAAUUUUUUGAAAAAAUAUAAAGUGAGGUUUUGAGUGAUGACUCUCCAGUUAAUCCAAGAAGUUCUUUGUUAUCAUUUUAGAGUUUAGCAUAAUAAUAGUAUAAAUAUAUGAAAAGGUCUUCUAAAUUUAAUCCAUAAUAAUACUUUGCAACUGAUUUUAAGUAAGAUUUAAAAUAAGGAGGACUUCCUUCUUAAUCUCCAGGAAUAAAAUCUUUAACUACUUAAGUAAAAUUAAUAAUGAUAUUAUAGUUAAACACUGUUUAUAAAUGUUUACUCUAUGUAUUCAAUACAAAGAGAUUAAGAUUUGAAAUAAAUGGAAGAGUAGAAGCAUUGAUAAUAGAAACUAAUUUUGAAAUAGAAAAUAUCAAAAAAACUGCUGAAAUCAUUAUCACAAUAGGAAGUGAAGAUUCACUACUUUUAAUUGCUAGAGAUGUAGUUCAUAGAAAAAAUAUAAAGGAACUUUUUGAAAUUAAUUAAUCUAAAUCUAAGAUUUUAUCUUUUGUUAGUCAUGAAUUUAGAUCUCCUUUGAAUGUUAUGAUAAAUUUACUUCAAAAAAUUAAAGAAGAUAAAAGUCUAAAUAAAAUUGUGUUAUAACAACUUUCAAUAGUGUUAGAGAAUUCAUUUUAUAUGCUAAAUCUAUCAAAUGAUUUACUUGAUUUAGCAUAAAUAAAAAAUGAUACAUUUACUUUAAGUUUAAAAACUGUAAAUGUUAUAGAAUUAGGGGAAGAAUGUAUUAAGAUGUUUGAAUUGUAGGCAGAAUAAAAAAAUAUAUAAUUAGCUAUCAAAACUAACACAAAACCAUUAUAUAUAUAAACAGAUAAAAACAGAUUGAAAUAGAUACUUAUAAAUCUUAUUGCAAAUGCGAUGAAAUUUACAAAAGAAGGAAGCAUUUCAAUUAAAAUUAUAUAAAAAGGAUUAUUAGUAGAGAUUGGAGUGGAAGAUACAGGAGUUGGAAUUUCACCAUCAGAAUAAUCUAAAUUGUUUAAGGCUUUUUGUAAAAUAAAAGACAGUGAUCAUUAAAAAUUAAAUGAGUAAGGAGUUGGAUUAGGACUUGUAAUAAGUAAUAAGAUAGCAUAACAACUAUCAUUUGAUGGUUAAGGAUUAAAGGUUAUUUCAAGAGAUAUUACAUAAUAAGAUCAUGGAUCACAUUUUUAUUUAAUAUUGAAAGUUAAAUAAUUUCAUUAGAAAAUAGAUUUCUCAAAAAUUUGUCAAGUUGAUAAUAAUGAAAUAGAGUCGCCAAUAAUAGAUAAAUAUACACAAUUAUCAUAGUUUAAAAUGACAUUUAAUAAUGAUAUGAAUUCAUUUGCAGAUGAACAAAAGUUUUUAGACAAAUAUAUUUGUCAACAUAUAUUAAUAGUAGAUGAUAAUAUAUUUAAUUUAAAUAUUUUAGAAAUGUAGUUAAAAUAAUUGUAAAUUUAUAUUUUAUAAUAAUAGUACAAAAACCAAAAUUGAUAAAAAUUUUAGUGGAAUACAAGCUAUUGAAUCUGUAAAAAAUAAAAAAUGUAAUUAACAUUGUUCAGGAUAUUAGGCAAUUUUUAUGGAUAUGGAAAUGCCUGGCUUAGAUGGGAUUUAGGCAUCUGCUCAAAUAUUAUAAUUAAAUAAAAAUAUUAAAAUAUUCAUAGUAUCUGGAUAUGAAAAAGAUCAUUUUAGUGAAGAAAAUAAAAAAAUUGGAAUUAAAGAUUUUAUUGUAAAACCAAUUUCUUAAUAAGUUAUAUAAAAGAUUAUAUUAGAAAAUCAUUUGUGA